GCCAUCACAAUUCCAUUUCUCGGGGUCAUGAUGGAGACCCUCGAGUCGCAGCACCACGAGCAUCCGCUCGUGCCGUCGUCGAUUGCGACGCUGUGCCAAGAAAAUCGGUGCUAUGUUGGCGGGGCCGGCUGCAACGUGUGCGCUGCUUCGUGUGCUGGUGCCUGGCACUGCGCAGCAUGCGGGUUCGACCUAUGUGGCGACUGCUCUGGCACCGAUUUACCUCCGAAAAAGAUCGACCACUCGCAGCACCCGCACACGCUGACAUUCCUCAGCAUUCCCGAGCUCAACCAACUCCAUGCCAACUACCAGAUCGUGCAGUGCGACCUCUGCAGAAUGCCAGGAUAUUGCUCCUACCACUGCGAGUCCUGUUGCUUUGACCUGUGUGUUUUGUGCGCCCUGCAAAAACUUGCUCCUGUAUUUGGGGCACUUCCAAGCGCUGCUGCUUUGAACAGCGUUCACCCUGCGGCGACGAGUGCCGUCGACUGGAGUCAGUACGACGACGAUAACCCGAAUGCCAACCAAACCGACGACAGCGAAGGGCUGGAAAACAUUUCGUGCGGCAAGGUCGCGUCGGGCAGCUCCAUGGAAAACGAAGACAGCCAUGCAAAGUUUGCUGUUGACGGCGAUGACGAGACGAGGUUUGCGUCGGCCGACAGCGAUCCCCAGUGGCUCGAAGUCGACUUGGGGGCGCUGCACAAGAUCUCCCAUGUGUGCAUCCAGUGGGAGGCGGCGUAUGCGGCGACGUACGACAUUCAAGUGUCCAAAGACCGCCUCGCGUGGACGACGGUGGCGUCGGUUGCCGACAAUCGCGGCGACGGAUGGGUCAAGACCAAGUUGCCCGACUCGGAAGACGCCCAUGCGACGUUCAUUCGAAUGUAUGGCCAUGCGCGCGGGACGACCUACGGCUAUUCCAUCUACCACUUCAACGUGUAUGGGACGAAAUUGACGCCGUCAUUGGAGCGCGUGGUCGUUACGCCUGCCAACGUGGCGCUCGGUGCCAGAGUUGUUCGCGGUCUGCACUGGCCUGUGACGUCGUCGUUCGAUGGCGUGUAUGGGUACCCCGGCACCGUCGUUGCGUACAAGUGCCCAGAUGCACCGCCAGUGCAUGCGGAGAACCAUCGCCCGUAUCAUGGCCCAGACAAGUGCUGCAUUGUGAAAUGGGACUUGAUCACGACGCCAGCCGUCCAUCGCAUUGGCGCUGCCGGCCAGUACGAGCUGUACUUUCACCCGGAACACGCGCCAGCGGAUGCCACAACGGACGUGCCAGACGACGCCAUCCACGAGCUCCACGGACUGGAAUGCUUGGUCAAAUCCCCCGCGCAAACGGAUGGCGUCGACGAACUGCGUACGCUCGAAUCGACUCUGUGGCCCACAUCACGCGACACUCGACACGAAUGGAAGGAAAAGCUCGCUGUGCGACCUCCACAAACGAGCAAGGACCUAGACGAGGCCCUCGUCGGUCGAGUCCUUCAAGGCAAACUCGUCGCCAGCGAUAUCGUUCAGAAACCCAAAGCCAUCAGUGUGUUUGUCUCAUCCACGUUCACGGACACCGCGUCGGAGCGCAACUUGCUCAUUGCCGAUGUGUAUCCGUAUUUGAAGCGAUACGCCGCGCUCUUGGGGCUCGAAUUCUCGGCGUCGGAAAUGCGGUGGGGGAUCCGCGACGAAGCCAGCAACUCGCACCAGACGUCGGCGAUUUGCAUGGCCGAACUCGCUCGGUGCCAAACAUCGUCCCUUGGCCUCAACUACGUCCUCAUCCUUGGCAACAAGUACGGCUAUCGACCGUUCCCAAAUCAAAUCCCGCUCGACGAGUUUGAAGCGCUGGUCGCGACGAUGGCUACCUCGGACGCCGAUGUGGUCCGCCACUGGUUCCGCAUCAACACGAAUGUUAUCCCUCCCGCGAUGGAGCUGCAGCCGUCGACGCUCGCCGCCCCUGGGACAUGGUGGCCCAUCUUUGAACAAAUGCAGCGCGCCUUUCGCAACGUUCGCCACGUUGUGUCCGAUCCGCAUCGACAAGACCUCUACAACGUGUCGGUGACAGAGUGCGAAGUCAUGCAUGGCCUCUUGACUGCCGCGGAUGCAAAGACAGCCGCCUUUGUGUACCACCGGAUCAUUCCUGAUAUCGACUCGAGUCAUGGCAAAGCUGGGAUGUAUGUCGACAUGGCCGGGCGAGGUCAAAUCGACGACGAAGCACAGGCGUUGCUAGCAACGCUUCGAGACACAAAGGUCAAGCCCAAGCAACACGGCGCGAAAGAAUACACCGUCCCGUGGGGUCCCGAGAUCCUCCCGGAGACCCAUGCGACGUACUUGACAGACUUUUGCGAUCACUUUUGCUCGCACAUGUGCGAGUCGUUGCUGGCCGCGUCGGAGCAGCUCAACGUGGCACCAGACGCCGUGUUCAAUGAGGUCAUGCACCACGCGCUCUUUUGCGCCCAGCGCAGUGCGAAUUUCGUUGGAAGGGCCGAUAUUUUGAGCAAAGUUCACGCGUACCUCCGAUCAGCGACUGUCGAGAACCGUCCGUUUGUGUUGUAUGGUCGAGGGGGCGCCGGGAAGAGCGCGGUGGUAGCCAAGGUUGCCAUGAAGUUGACUGGCGGUGGAGGUCCGGCGGUGGCCGCGGGGUCUGGCUUGGCUGCGGUGCUGACACCGCGGCAUGACCCCGUCCUCGUACUGCGAUUUCUCGGGACCAGUUUGGACUCGACCGACAUCCGAAAGCUUCUCACGUCGAUUUGCUCCCAGAUACAUCGCAAUUACUCGACCACGCACGGCAUGUCGGCCACGAUCCCUCCAGGCUUGGACGACUUAAUCCGACAUUUUCAUGACCUCUUGGCUCUGGCAUCCGAAACGAAGCCGCUCGUGGUGAUCUUGGACUCGCUGGACCAACUUUCCAGUGCCGACAACGCCCACCACUUGACGUGGUUGCCGAUGUCGUUGCCACCGCACUGUAAACUGGUCGUGUCGGCGCUGGAUGCGGCUGACGAAGGCGGCAACUGUCUUGCAAAGCUCCGUGCCCAAACCCCCACGGACCACUUGCUCGAGUUACCCGUCAUGACAAGUGCCGACGGCCUCGACAUGAUGACGGCAUGGCUCGCCGCCAGAAACCGAGCACUGACCCCCCAUCAAUCCAGGUUUCUCGUCGAUUCCUUUGUGCAGUGUCCGCUGCCGCUGUAUUUGCACGUGGCAUUCACGCUGGCUUUGCCGUGGACUUCGUACACCCCCGUCGAUACAGCGCUUCUCCCGCCGACAAUUCCCGAUCUCCUUCGGCACUUGUUUCACAAGCUCUGCGGGGUUCACGGUCAGCUCUUGGUGCAUCACACGGCGGGGUACUUGACGCUCGCCAAGCGCGGUCUGUCGCGGUCCGAGCUCGAAGACGUGCUUAGUCUGGAUGACGACGUACUGAACGACGUGUACCAGUGGUGGGUGCCUCCCAUCCGGCGGAUUCCCAGCCUCGUUGUCACUCGACUUCUUUCCGAUCUGGACAGCUACCUCGUCACACACGCCGCGGACGGUGGCAUUCCCGUCUUGAGCUGGUACCAUCGUGAAUUCAACGUGGCGGCGCGCGCGAUUUGCCUUGGCGACGAUGCUGUGGUGACGUCCUUGUCGGCCAACUUGGCGGCCUUCUUUGCCAGCGACUAUGCCCACGUCGCCAAGCCAUUUGUCGACAAAAACGGAGUCCCGGCGGGCCGAGCCCAACGCAAAGUUGCCCCACAGGAGCUGGUCUUGCCAGGAUCGUCCCGUGGCGUCCAGUUCAACCACCGACGCGUGACCGAACUCCCGUCGGCACUCAUCGGAGCACAGGACUGGCCUCGCGUCGAGUAUGUCGUGAGUGAUGUCGAGUUCCUGCAAGCAAGCGUCGCCCUCGGUGCCAUCGCUGACACCCUGAGCGACAUUCGCCGCGCCAUUCAAGCCAUGUACGCAGCGGACGUGCCCCCGACCAUCUUGCCCCAAGUGGCGGCAUUCCUAAGCCGUGACAUGUUUACGUUGCAGCGCCACCCCUCGUCGUUUUACCAAGUCGUGAUGCGCCACCCAAAGGCUUCGUUUUUGCGUACAACGGCCGCUGCCAAGUUGACUCCGCCGCCUCAAGGGUACUUUCAAGUCGUUAGCACGGAAACGCCCGCGAGUUCGAUCAUGGCAUCGUUCAUGGUCGGGCCAGCAUCCGACGGCGCCGACAGCACAGUUGCUGUCGCCUUUAGCCCGGACAGCCUGAAAGUUGCGGCUCUUUCCGAGCCCGACUGCGGCCAGGUUGUGUACUUGACCGUGUUUGACGUGGUAUCAAACACAGUCAUGUGGACUGUGGCCGAGCCAGACGUGAAGUACGACAGUGUCACGUGGAGUGUGGACGGCACGUCGGUCAUCGUGGGCGCGUCAGCAUCUGGGGAACUCCAUCUUUUCUCGGAAGCCAUCGGUGUCCGCACGAAGGUUCUCCAUGCUGCACUCAAGAAGAAGAAGAAGCACCGAAUCACUAGCGUUGUAUGUGUAAAUGCCACGACAAUUGUGACCGCCGACCGCACGAGCCCCGAGCUGCACGUGUGGGAGAAUGGCACGAUUCAUCGCACGUUGAAGAUUCAAGGCCACGGCGAAGACGACCACAAUGAUUCCAAGAAGAUGACGCAGAUUUUGCUCAGCCCCGACCGGCAGCACAUGGGAGUUGCAUCAUACAGCGGCGCGUGCAGCAUUUGGAGCUGCGCAACAUGGCAUGAGGAAGCGACGUUCGAGGCCGCCGAAGGCGUGAAGUACGCCAGCUUGUCCAGCGACGCCACGAUGCUGGCGGUGAAUGUCGACACGUACAACGGCCAGGGUGCGCAAGUGUUUGGCAAAGCAUUCGACCACCCCAAGUCUCUCAUCAUGGAGUACCUCGACUUGUUGGGGAGUGCGAUGGAAGUGUGCGGGAUCGAGUUCCAUCCGAACCAUCCAUCCAUUCUGUACGUGUUCAACUCGAGCACGCAAGUGUAUGCGUUCGACGUUGUGUCGGAGCGCCGGCUGGCCAUCUAUGCAGCCCCCGGCCACAGUUUUGGCGGCAACAUGUCGAUGAGUUUGGACGGGACCAUGAUUGCCACGCUCGGCCAAACCAACAACGUGUUGCUGUGGAACCCAGCUUCGAAACCAGCUCCGCUUGGCGCCGCCGGCCGGGUCGAGACAAUCGCGCUGCACCCGACGGGCGACGCAGUUGCCGCCUGCCACUCGUGCGCGGAAAAGACCCGCGUCAUGGACGUCAAGAACCCGUCCAUGCUCGUGUACGAGUUUGUCAACACGAAAAACACGUCGACCGCAUGCACGCGAGUCGUGUACAACAAAGGAGCGGGCGGCGACGAGGGGCGGUAUGUAGCUGCCACCACAAACACUGGCGCGAUCUGCGUCGGUGAAGUCCACAACGACCAAGUCACUACCACGUUCUUCGACACGUUCAAGUACGACUCGAUUGACGUGGCGCUGCAUCCGUCGGGGCAGUUUGUGGCGGCGCUCGGACUGGACGACCAGUACCACGGACACUUGCGAUAUAUUCGGCGGGACGAUGGGACUGUCGUGUGGGAGAUGGCGGGCAUGGCCAAGGAGGCCGUCCGCAUGGGCGGGAUGGCCCUGCAGAUGUCGAGGACUGGCGACCUCGUGGCGUGCUUGGCAAGCCUCGAUCAGUUGUCGGUAUUUGACACGGCUGCAGGGACGAUGGCGUUCUCGAUCCGAGUCCAAGGGGGCGUUCGGUGCUACCGAUUCACGCCGUCGUUUGACAUGGUCGCAUUGUGUGCUGGACGCGGCAACUUGCAAGUGUGGCGACGAGAUGCGUUGGAAUCGCCGGUGAUCACGCUAAAACCACCCCACACAGACGCGACCAACAUCACGGGCAUUGCUGUCUUACCCGACCUCAACAUUGUGUUUUCGUGUGCGGAAGAUGGGCACUUGAUCGCGACAAGCUUGACCGACGGCGCCGUCCUUGGAGUGUACGCAAACGCCGAGCUCCAGCCGAUCCAUGGGUUUGACAUUCUUCCGUCGCGCGUGCCGCGGCUGGCCUUCGGGGAUGACCUGGGCCGCAUCGUCGUGUUGGAUUGGAAGGGCGCGACGUAGUCCGCCGUGUCGGGAUAUCCAUGCGAUGAACUUUUGCAUGAAUGCAGAGCUACACUUGCGACAUUCCGAUGGACUGGUCACUUAAUGUCAAAAUCCAAACUUCAAGUGUAUAUACACUUUGUUGGGACAGAGAGUGGGCGGGAUCCAUGGAGGAUGCGCUUGGUUCGAUGGCUGGACGGCCUUUUGCGACGUUCAGCCCUGGUACCGCCGACACAGGCGUGCCACUAGCAAUACGUUAGAGAUCUCGCACGGCACGUUCUUGGACGCCAG